GUGAUGCAUUCAGGCGCUUCCUCUUCGCCUACAUCGCGCUCGAAAUGGAGUCGGUGCUUCCUGGCUAAACGGAAAAAUACGUGAUUCUUCAGUAUAAUGUUUUUUUGUGUGUGUUUUUAGUUUCUUUUUAUUUGUUUCCGCUCAGUGUAUUUUGAUUAAGUCUCCGACAGAGGAGGAUUAAAUAUGUUUUGGAGGGUAUUCUUUGCAGUUUUAAUGGCGACAGAGUCCAUUCUGGCCAUCUCGGUCAGAUGUCCAACCAAGAGGUACACUGUUAUUCUCUUUCAACGUGUCAACCUGAUCUGUGAAUACUCAACCAGUGCCACUCAACCCCCUAUUGUAAUAUGGAAGUACAAAUCCUACUGCCGGAACCCGCUCCAGGCAGCAUUAAACCCCAGCAGUGCAGAAAACAUCUUGUCUCAGAACAACCCAAACUAUGACCCCAACAUCGAGUGUGGGGACUCUGAGAGAACAGUCCGCAUUGUGGCAUCCAAGCACGGCGAUUCUGUUACUCUGGGCGAACAAUAUCAGAAUCGCAAGAUCAGCGUCGCAAACAAGGCAGACCUGAACAUCGCUGAGACGGCAUGGGGAGACAGCGGUGUCUAUUACUGCACUGUGUCUUCAGCCCAGGAUCUAAAGGGGAAUGGUGAAUGCUACUCUGAAGUACUUGUGCUUGAGAGAAAGUCAAAUACUACUGACCUCCUGCCUGGCAUUGACUUACUGGUUAUGGAAGACUGGCUCCUUGUGGUUCUGGUGGUUUUGGGCUUCUUUUUGCUCCUUCUUCUGAUCGGGAUCUGCUGGUGCCAGUGUUGCCCACACACCUGCUGCUGCUACGUCAGCUGCCCCUGUUGCCCAGAACGCUGCUGCUGUCCACGAGCAUUGUAUGAGGCAGGAAAAGCGGUGAAGAAAGGCAUGCCCAAUCAAUAUGCCACACCCAUGUUCUCUCCAAGUCUGUAUGCUCAGCCUAUGUAUGGUGGCUCACAAGGUAACCAGCCUGCCUUUCCUAUGCUGCCCGUACCCAACGGGGGUGGGCCUCCCCCAAACAGCUAUGGCCGUGACUAUGAUGUUGCAAGCUCAGUGGGUCAGGGGUCACAAGUGCCUUUGUUGCAAGACGGCGGAGGAGACCAUACUCGUAGUGGUUAUCGUAUCCAGGUGGACCCAGAUGGAAAUGCAACCCGAGCCAUUUACUACAUGGAGAAAGAGCUGGCCUCAUUAGACCCAUCCAGACCUGCCAACUACAACCGCUUGGAAAACAUGAGCACAGUCAGCUCCCUGCAUGACAGUGUGGAACCCCGAGGCCGCGGUGGGCGCCCUCCUAUGCCCACAGUUUAUGACCAAGAUGAAGCCAUGAGCACGAUCAGCAGCGUGUCCCAGCAAGGCCGGCGUCGGGAUGACUAUCCACGCCAUGGUGGGGGUCCUAUGGCGAAUCGUGGGCGUGCCCGCUCCAUGGAUAACCUUGACGACAUUGGACGGCGCUACAGAGAUGAUUACCCACCACACAGAGGCCCAGAUGAGCCUAGAGGCAGGAGGGGCUCUGAUGAGUGGAGCAGUAGUGCUCGCAGCGGCUAUGAUCGUAACAAUGAUGACCGGAGACGUCGUGACUACUCCCCUGAAGAUCGCAGAAGGGGCGGAGGAGCCCAGAGCGGCCUCGCAGGGCGCCGCUGCCACAGUCGUGAUGACAUCAUGGAGAUGGAGAGAGACCGCAGGUAUGAUGGUGGAGCCAGGGGUGGCCGUGAAGACUACGACGACAGCUUCCUGCGAGAGGCCUUGGAGAGGAAGCGGCUGGGCGAGCAGCAGAGGGCGCGCAGCCGGGAGCGAUUGGAUAGCGAGAGUGAUCGCUCUGAUCGGGGGAGGGGUCCACGUGGGCCACCACCACUUCCUAUGAGCCCGCCUUCUGGAUAUCCUGAUCGGCGGGAUAAUUAUCCACCACCUCAGCCGCCACCAUACAGUGACGAUGAGAGUGUGUCGUCUUCAAGGAAAACAAACCUCCGCAAAAAUGGAGCUGUGAGCCGUGAGAGCCUGGUUGUAUAAACAAAUCAAGACCUUGAACGCAGCUUUAAUCUCAGAAAAUAAUGCUGUUGGUAUCUAACAUUAUGUAUAUAUGAAACUCCCACCUCUAACCUGAUAUGCUGAUUUACUGUUUGGCUGCUGAUUUAGUUUUGUAUUAGAUGUAGUUUGAAACUUUUUUUAACAAAAAGAGGCACAAUCUGUGUCUGUUGUUUCAUGUAAAAACAAAUGUGGCUGCCACAAGUGCCUUAAUGUGUACAGAGUUAUAGGUGUAGAUGUUAAAUCCAUUAUAACGGACCCCUUUCUGUUUGUGUUCUAUGUUUUGAUCAGUACAGAUUAACAUGCUUCAGUUGGGUUUCAGUGCUUUGGAUUUUUUUUUAUGUUAGCUUUAGAGUUCUGGUCUGUCAAAACAUUUUGUUUUCUAUACUUGAAAUUUUUUUAAAGGAAAUUAUGUACAUUUAAAAUGAAUUUGUUUUAGCUUCAGUUAUUAGCCUUGUCCAUGUUUUUAAGACAUAACAAAUGACACUUAGGACAGAUUUUUUGGCUGUUUUCUUUUUUUUAAUACCUGGCAUUUUAAUUAAUUGCAUGCUGUACAGCUGACCAGAUUUAUGCUUUGAUAAUGCAAAUGUUUAUUAUAUCAUGAAAUGUAAUUUUACAUUAAACCUAAAAAUUUUGCUAAGCUGCUCUGUGAACUUGGACUGUGUCACCACUAGAUGCCACCAUAUUGUUCAUUUUUCAACAAAGAUUUUUUUUUGUAGGCAGUCAUCUCCAAUAGAACAAUCAGAGACGAUGUUCUAUGCCAACCAUGAGUCAGACUCCAAACAAAUGUCACUAUUAUCGUGCACAUCACACCA